CGCCGCCAUGUCCCGGUUCUUCACCACCGGCUCCGACAGCGAAUCCGAGUCCUCGGCCUCGGGAGACGAAGUGACCCCAAAGCCGGCGGGGGGCAACUACAGCAAGCCCCUGUUGCUGAGCGAGGAUGAGGAGGACACGAAGCGCGUGGUCCGGAGCGCCAAGGACAAGAGGUUCGAGGAGCUGUCGGGGCUGAUCCGCACCAUCCGGAACGCGAUGAAGAUCCGGGACGUGACGCGCUGCCUCGAGGAGUUCGAGCUGCUGGGACGCGCCUUCGCCAAGGCCAAGGGGCUGCUGGAGCGCGACGGGCCCCCCCGCUUCUACAUCCGCAUCCUCGCCGACCUCGAGGACUACCUGGCCGAGCUGUGGGAGGACAAGGAGGGCAAGAAGCGGAUGAACAAGAACAACGCGAAGGCGCUGAGCUCCCUGCGCCAGAAGCUGCGCAAGUACAACCGCGACUACGAGGCGCUCAUCGGCGCCUACAAGCAGAACCCGGAGCUGUCGGAUGAGGACGAGGAGAAGAAGAGCCGGGACUCGGAAGCCUCUUCCUCAUCCUCCUCCUCGGCCGAUGAGGACGACGCCGGCUCCUUCCUCAAGAAGAAGGAUGAGACCAGGAGCAGGUUCCUCAAGGGGGAGGAGGAGGAGGAGUCGGAGGAGGGCGAGGCCGAGGGUUGGGGCUCCUCGGACACGGACACGGACUCGGAGUCGGACGAGGACGACGGGAAAUACACGUCCCUCGCGUCGCGCUUCCUCAAGAAGGACGAGGAGCGCCGUGGGGGCGGGGCCGAGCGGCGCCGUGGGGAGAAGCCGAAGCGCAAACGGGCCCCACGGAGCCGGCGCGAGGACGACGACGACGACAACGAGGGCGGGGAGUGGGAGAAGGUCAAAGGCGGCGCCCCAUUGGUCAAGGAGAAGCCCAAGAUGUUCGCCAAGGGCACGGAGAUCACUCACGCCGUCGUGCUCAAGAAGCUCAAUGAGAUCCUGCAGGCGCGGGGCAAGAAGGGCACGGACCGCGCGGCGCAGAUCGAGCUGCUGCAGCUGCUGGUGGCCGUGGCCAAUGAGAACGGGCUCGGGGCCGCCCUCGAGAUCAAGAUCAAGUUCAGCAUCAUCGCGUCCCUGUACGACUACAACCCCAACCUGGCCACAUACAUGAAGCCCGAGCUGUGGCAGCGCUGCCUGGGCUGCAUCGAGCAGCUCCUGGACGAGCUCUUCCUGCACCCGGAGAUCUUCAUCGGGGAGAACAUCCUGGAGGAGUCCGAGAACCUCAGCAACCCCGAGCAGCCGUACCGUGUGCGCGGCUGCAUCCUCACGCUGGUGGAGCGGAUGGACGAGGAGUUCACCAAGAUCAUGCAGAACACGGACCCCCACUCCCAGGAGUACGUGGAGCACCUGAAGGACGAGGCGCGCGUGUGCUCCAUCAUCGCGCGGCUGCAGCGGUACCUGCAGGAGAAGGGCUCCACGGAGGAGCUCUGCCGCGUCUUCCUGCGCCGCGUCCUGCACACCUACUACAAGUUCGACUACGGGGCCGGAGACCCACACGUGGGGGGCAGGAGCGCGCUGCAGGGAGACGGCCCCGACGCCGGCGCCGAAGCCGCCGGCGAGGAGGACUCGGCGGCGCUGAUGGAGCGCCUCUGCAAGUUCAUCUACGCCAAGGACCGCACGGACCGCAUCCGGACCUGCGCCAUCCUCUGCCACAUCUACCACCACGCGCUGCACAGCCGCUGGUACCCGGCCCAGGACCUCAUGCUCAUGUCCCACCUGCAGGACAACAUCCAGCACGCCGACCUGCCCGUGCAGAUCCUCUACAACCGCACCAUGGUGCAGUUGGGCAUCUGCGCCUUCCGCCAAGGCCUCAUCAAGGACGCCCAUAACGCCCUCUUGGACAUCCAGUCCUCGGGCCGGGCCAAGGAGCUCUUGGGCCAAGGCUUGCUCCUCAGGAGCCUCCAGGAGCGCAACCCGGAGCAGGAGAAGGUGGAGAAGAGGCGCCAGGUCCCUUUCCACAUGCACGUCAACCUGGAGCUGCUCGAGUGCGUCUACCUGGUGGCCGCCAUGCUGCUGGAGAUCCCCUACAUGGCGGCGCACGAGUUCGACGCCCGCCGCCGCAUGAUCAGCAAGCAGUUCCACCACCAGCUGCGCGUCGGCGAGCGCCAGCCGCUGCUCGGGCCCCCCGAGUCCAUGCGGGAGCACGUGGUGGCCGCCUCCAAGGCCAUGAAGAUGGGCGACUGGAGGAGCUGCCACCGCUACGUGGUCAAUGAGAAGAUGAAUGGGAAGGUUUGGGACCUCUUCCCCGAGGCCGACAAGGUCCGCGCCAUGUUGGUCAGGAAGAUCCAGGAGGAGUCGCUCCGCACCUACUUGUUCACCUACAGCAGCGUCUAUGACUCCAUCAGCAUGGAGAUCCUCUCGGCCAUGUUCGAGCUGGACCUGCCCACGGUGCACAGCAUCAUCAGCAAGAUGAUCAUCAACGAGGAGCUCAUGGCGUCCCUGGACCAGCCGACGCAGACGGUGCAGAUGCACCGCACGGAGCCGACGCCGCAGCAGAACCUGGCGCUGCAGCUCGCCGAGAAGCUGGGGGCGCUCAUGGAGAACAACGAGCGCGUCCUGGACCACAAGCAGGGCUCCUACGGGGGGUACUUCCGAGACCAGAAGGACGGGUACCGCAAAGGGGACGGUGGAUACCUGCGGCGCGGCGGAUACCGGCAGCAGGAGAGAGGCUCCAACUACUGACCCACAGCCUGCCCUAUAGCGCGCCCCAUAGCGCGCCCCAUAGCGCGCCCCAUAGCACCCCAUAGCCAUACCCCCCCCCCCCCCAUAGGCCCCAUUAUGGGCAGCACUGACCCAUGUGGGGCUGAGUGAAUGGGUGGCACUGGACCCCCUGCCCCAUAGCGCGCCCCAUAGCGCGCCCCAUAGCACCCCAUAGCCAUACCCCCCCCCCCCCCAUAGGCCCCAUUAUGGGCAGCAUUGACCCAUGUGGGGCCGAGUGAAUGGGUGGCACUGGACCCCCUGCCCCAUAGCGCGCCCCAUAGCGCGCCCCAUAGCGAAUAAAGGACACCCCCCCCCCCAA